UAUUUUUUAUUAUUAUUUAUUUUAAAGGCUGUAUUUGGCCAGAACAUUUUCGGCCAAACCUUUCCUUUAAACGCACACGCGCGCACGGUCGAUCCCUUUAAGGCGCACAAUGGGCGGAGCCUGCAGCCGGGCUAAAGUGUACCAAUGCUCAGGAAGCAAAGCCAUUACCGCCUGUAGAAGUUUUCGUGUAGUCUUGUAAAGCUUGUUUCGAAGCUCUUAGCUACAGUCGGAUGUACGCACAAAUAGGUUCAUUUCAGUGAAUUAUGUUGGAUGGUUGCGCUAAUGAAGUUCAACUUUUGCCGGUUGCUCGGGAUGGGGAGUGGCUCCAGUCAACAGAUGCCAGAGAAGAUGGAAAUGGGGGCUGCUUCUGACCACAAUCAGGAUGUACUCUCUCAGAAUAUAUUAAAUGAAGAGGAAGGUCUCAGUGAAAAAGAGAAAGGCAGAAGGAGGGCUGAAAGGCGAAGAGCCAAAAGGAAGCGUCAAAAAGAGCGAAAGAAACUUGAGCGCAGUAAAAUUGAUGAGGGCGCUGUACAGGAAGGGCAUACAGGUAUUGACUCGGAGCUGGAUGAUAGUGGCUCUGAGGUUGAUGAGCAAAUUGAGGAGCAGCAGAUGGAAUUGAAAGGAAAAGUGAUGCAGGAAGAAUGGCCCACACCACCAAUGGCACUGGGAAACAAAGGAAACCAUCCUCAGUCAGCUGUCUCCUGUGAGGAGGAGCCAGAAUGGGAUGUUAGCAGUGCUUUUGUUGCCAAUGCUGUUAGUCACAUCAGGCCCAAAGCCAAGAGCAAAGCAGGCCAUAAAUCUAAAGAGAACAAAGAAAACGAGGCCAGAAUCAGAGAGGUCAGUGGAUCUGAGUCUGUGACUAAAAGAAGUGCCUUACUGACGGAGGAUGGGAUCAGGCUGGUAAAUCAAGGACAGUACAGUGAGGCUGUUAAUAUGUUUACAGAAGCUAUCAAAUGUGACCCCAAGGACUACAGGUUUUUUGGGAAUCGCUCAUACUGUUAUUACUGUCUGGACCAGUACUCUCUAGCACUUGUUGAUGCUGAAAAAUCUAUUCAAAUGGCUCCUGAUUGGCCUAAAGGCUACUACCGCAAGGGAAGUGCCCUCAUGGGCCUUAAGAGGUACAGUGAGGCUGAAAAAGCUAUGGAGCAUGUCCUAAAGCUGGAUAAGGACUGUGAUGAGGCAGCUAAUGACCAUUUCUCCUGCAAAGUGCUGCAGUUAAUGGAUCUUGGAUAUGAAGAGGAGCAGAGUAUACUUCUGCUUGAGAAGUACAGCACAGUACAGGCUGUCCUGGCUGCUAGAGCAGCAAACAGUGACCCGACACUCCUUCAGCCAGGAAGUCCGUGCCCUUCUCUCUGGGUGGGUAACGUAACCACAGAUCUGACGGAGAAGCACCUGUGGGACCUUUUCAAAAACCAUGGAGAAAUUGAUAGCAUCCGAGUGCUGCACGAGCGUUUCUGUGCCUUUGUAAACUUCAAGAAUGCCAGCAUGGCUGCACGGGCAAUGGAAAAGCUCAAUGGCCAUUUGAUAGAAAAGACUCGGUUAGUAGUCAGAUAUCCAGACAGACGCAUCCUAAAGCCAUUUCCUGUUGCUGCUGCAUCACAGACCGCUGGGACUGCUGGAGCAAGGCGCAGGGGCCCUGUAAAUGGAGACGAGUGCUAUUUCUGGCGGACCACUGGCUGUCAUUUUGGGGAAAAGUGUCACUAUAAACACAUUACUGAUUCGCGCGGCAAAGACAGAAAGCCCUGGCAGCCUUGACCCAUCCUUCGCUUUUCACAGUCACCUCUAUUUCUAAAUUAUUUUUAAUUUUUCUCACUCAGAGCCAGAGGAAAUGGACGAGUUUGCAUGGACUGUGUGAGUUCAGAGACAUUUACUCCUUUGAAUGGGACUUUGACCUGUAUUGUCUUACUAUGAUGCUCUUGGCUUUUUCAAAAAAUUUUUUUUUUUUUUUUGCUGUUUUUGAGGCUGGAGUUUGAUGCCAGAUCCAGCCUGGUGUCUCUUAUCUCUGUUCCUCCUCCUUCGGUGCCAACACCACUGAGCCAAAGCACAGCCUCUGAGCACUUCUCAUGUUUGAGUUCAUCCCAAAACAAGUGUCUUUAAUAUAGAUGAGGGAUUGAAGACUUUCUCCCAUGUUCUUUUAUGCCUUAUCAAGAAAACAUGCACAAGAAGUGGCUGGUUAAAGCUUGCUUAUACGUAUGAGGAUUUUACCAAAGAAUAACACCUCUGGUUUUCUAUGGAGUACAAAUUAAAUUUUAUAAAAGAGGUUACUGAGACAGAAAUUUAAUUUCAUUUUUAUGUGUGCAUAUCAUGUGCCCCCUUUUUGCCAGGUUAAGCUAAAAUGUGUGCACUUCAGUUCAGUGUAUUUCGGACUUGGCUUAAUUUGGUUUAUAACUAACAUUGUGGAGGAUUGUUUUGGUUGAAGUAAACAAUUUUUGUUAGUUUUCUCAAAGGGUCCUUGAUGUGUUACUUUUAAAAAAAUACAUCAUCAAAAAGGGGAUAAAACCAGCAUUUAAAUGCUGAUUUUAUCUCUAACUAUUUUUCCCCCUUUGUACAUUGUUGCACUUUAUACUUCAGCACACACUAUGUGUGAUUUUCAAGUAUUGGUAGAUUGGGAAAUGGUGCAUGUUCUAAGAUAAAUUAAUUGUUUUUAUAUUUAGAUAUGACUCGAUAAUAUUUCCAAAGGUAUUGACUACAAUUCUAGUUAGCAGGUUUUCUCAUGGGUGUCUUUCUUCUUUUCUUUUUUUUCCCCCCUCAUGAUAGGAAUUGUGUGUCUGAAACUUUCUCACAAUUGUUAUUGAAAGUUUUUUACAUAUUGUUUACAAAUUGUGUUUAAGAAGUAAUUCAGAAGGGGUCAGUGUUUUAAUGUUUUCUGUGCUGUAAAAUUAUUUUUUGUUUUUUUUUGUUUUUAUAUAAAAUUGUACCCAUGCACACUGUACCAGGCCACUGUGGACUCUCUUCUGUGUCUGUAGCAGCAGAUAUUUAAAAGGGGAUUAGGUUAUUAAAAGAUUGAGUCCGUAAGCAGCGGAGCAUCAUAUGUUGACUGGAUUUUAAAAAGAAGUAUCUGAUAUUGAUUUAAUAUUUGGAAUUUUAUGUUAGGAAAGCUGAUUGUGUUCAUGGGCCUGAUUUACUGUUUGCAGUCUUAAACUAAAAAACAAAACAAACAAACAAACACUAAAGGCAUUUGUGCAGAACUUUAGCUUUAGACAGCUGAAGCCAGAGUAAUGUUUAGCAGUUUCUUUGAUAGAGCAGUCUUUGCUCAAAAAUCCAUCUUUGACAAUCAGGUGUGUUCCGAAAUACCCAAAACUGUGUAAUGAAGUUUCCUUGCAUGUUUUGCACUGUACUUCCACAGUACACAGUCGUGUUCGUGUCUUUCUUUUUGCUUGUGUAGCGCACUACUUAUAAAGGGUUUAGUAUUGCUUUCUCAAAUUAAACCCUGUGGUAAGUCUCAUUAGGCGUAAAUUGAAAUUUGUUUAGUUAAUUUGGGUACUAUCUUUUACUACAUUGCAUAUCAACCAAUAUGUACAUUACUCUUUACAUUAGUGUGUUGAUGCAUCAUAGUUUCAUAAUUUUCGGUUCAACUUAAUGUUAUCAUUGUGUGUUUUUAUUUCAAAAUGAGCUGACAAAUAAAUUAGAGAGCAUUUAAUUUAAGGCUUUCAAACCAAAAAAAAAUUGUGUAAUUUUGCAUUACGAUGUUUCUCAAUUCUGUAAACCAUAACACUUGGGGACUUGUCCAUUACUCGUCAAAGCAAGCAAUUGGGGGAAUUAAUGCCCCCCGCCCCCCACAAUUUGUUAUAUCCUUCAUCACAUUAUAAAACAAAAUCUUCCAUGUCCAUCAUAUACUUUUUGUAGCAGCAAAAUGCAAUAUAUUAGCAUUCAAUCUUAAAAUUCAGGUUUUGUGUGGCUUUAAUUUUUUCUCCAUUUCCCCCCUUUCUUUCACAUCAUUAUAUUGUAACUUUAACAUGCAUCUUAAUAUGCAAUCCUGUCUCAUUGUUAAGUGUUAUAAUGUCCUGCACUGUACUGCCAAAGAGAUUCUUGUAAUAAAUGUACUGACUGUAA